GUCGCCGUUUUCACGUUUACUAUUGGCUGAAAGACUUCCGUGUUUUCUCGACACAAAAUGGCACGCUAUCCGUGGAACAGGAUCAAUAUUACCAUUCCCAGUGCUGUUUCCAAAGUCUGCGUACAUUUUACUUCGAAAACAGACACCACUGUGAAAAACCUCCUAGCGGAGAACGAAAACGUCCUCAAGGUACUUCGAAGUAGGUUUCUUCAGACGGAAGUUCGAGUUCUAUACGAUUUGCUCUACAAUCUCAACAAUAGCGCAAGAGGCAACAAAACCUUUCGAGUCCUAAAGCAGGUUGAACAGUGCGUUAACAGACUGAAGGAGAUGAAGUUGGACGCCGCUCUGCAGAGUUUGAGCGAUAUGUGUCCCAAUGGGAUCCAAAGGCGGCUGAGCAUGAAGGCCGGUGAAGCCGAUCUUCCCAGCCAACCCAGGCUGGAGUGGCAAUGUCUCAAAGUGCUGGGAGCUGCGCAACUGAUGAACUGCACAAUGAAACGCUGUAGCAGAGCUUUUGUCUUAUCCAAGCAGCACAUGAAAUAUGAGUUCAUCAUCGUGAAUUUGGUGAUAACCAGCAUGCUCAGUCGCCUCUGGGUUAUUUUCAGAGGGAUCCUGGCCAGCUUGUCUGUUCUGUACCAGCAGCUCUUGGCGCUCCGGGCGGAAGUAGCCCUCGCUCGGCCCAUGCCCUUCCUCACAGACUUCAACCUGCCCGCAAAUAUGGCUGACUUCCUCGGUCCUUCUGAUGCAGCUUUACUCGUUGUGAAACCCAAAUCUGAUCUCCACGUCACGGGACACAAGGCAAACAAGGAGAGACGGAAGGCUCGUGUCAAAGCAAAUCACCGGGGACAGCUGAGGAAGGUUCAACAAGACCUGGGUGUUGUUGUACAAAGAGGGUUGGUGUUGGAUACUAGCGUAAAGUCUAGUCAAAGCAUUUCCAGCACUGAUGCAAAGAAUACAAUCCUCCCAGAGAAACAACACCUGGCUGAGAGGAAGCGGAUGUUUCAGAGACGCAUGAGGCAAGCCGCCACGUUCAAAGACACGGCCUCCAAUCUAGAAGAAAUGAUCUUGUGGUGCAAAUCCCAGAAACUGAAUAAAACUAAACGACUUUUAACCUUCCUGAGAUUAAAGUGCUGGCGGAUGAGAGGAGCAGAGGCUGCAGGUUACAAUGUGCAGAAGAAGUUGCAGACGUUCAAACAAGAAGUACGCCAGGCUUUUUGCCGUGUUCAAGGCCCAGUUCUGAAGACCCGCCGCCACUCCGCUGCGUGCCGGAGACGUGGUUGCCUGAGAACCCGUCUGUGGUCACUCAGGAGGCAGUUUAGAUCAUCCAAAAUGAGAAAUAAUGUGACAAAUGGACUCAAAUCAAAGAAGCGUGUGUCGCUUGCAGUCCAGACAGAUGAUUGGAUAAGCAGAACAAUAGGCAGGACAACUGCCUUGAUGUUUAACCGUAGCAGUACAGAUGACAUAGAUGAUAUUUUUGCCUUAGUGGGUUUGUAACUGUUUUGAAAUUCCCCUAUUCAUCGAUUUUUAUGCCACUUAGCCUUUGCAGGCUUGCAGGUGGGUGAAGUGGGAUAUACCCUGGACUGAUGACCUUUUAAUCACAGGGCUGACACAUUGAAGCGAACAACCUUUCUCACAUGAGUCAUUUUUAAGUCUUCAGUUAGCUGAUUGUUUGUUUGGUGGAGUUGCAGACGAAUCUACACACUACAUCAUGAGAUUCUGAAAAGUUAUGGGGAAAAAAACACUUUGUAAUUGCUUGUAUACAAAUUGUUGGAAAAGCCAAGUAAAUCUUUUAUCUGACCAUUUCUGAGCAUUAUAAUUCAGCAGCUUGGUGAUGAAGUGAGUGGAAAUACAAUCCAUGUUGUCUUUGCUCCACCCCUACUCAUCUUCAGUAUAUAGGGCCAAAAUAACUUGCACACUGACAUGAGACAGGGCCGCCCUCUCAAAUUAGGCAAAUUUUAGCAAGACAAAGAUAACGCACUGCUUCAAAUAGUGAAAAAAAUGCUUAGUCUCUCUUUUUGAAAAGAAUCAUGAAAGGGACUGAUAAUUGUCACAUUUAUAAUAAAGCAACUGAUUCCA